GAAAUUGGAGCCUUUUGGCCCACUUGGGACUUUGGUAUGAAAGGUUUAUGGCUGCUAAGGAUCCUCAGAUAGCUUCAUUAAUCAAUAAUCUAUCUUUAGCAUCCCUUUUCAUUCUGUCCGGUAGCCAUAUCCUGUCAAUAACCUACCAUCCUGAUCUCUACCGCGUCUUUCAACAUCCGUCAAUAAGGACCAUCAUAGUUCCAACAGCUUAGAUAAUGAAUACACUUCCAAUGUAUGGAAGAGUUCCGAAACAUGCAUAUAAUUGAUGUGAAAUUUCAGAAGUGUUAUUUCAUCCUGUUCGAUUUCAAUACACGAAGUCCGAGAUAGCUUAUUAGUCGGUUUCAUAACGAUCAUCGGUAAAAGAGAGUGACUCUGAAUUCGAGGACUAGGAAAGAAGAGAAGAAAGUGGGUAAGAGAGAGAGAGAGAGAGAGAGAGAUUUAGUUGACACGGUCAUUUUCCA